CUGGUCCCUCGAGGGAAGCUCAAGUUAGUGCCUCUGCCUUUCCUAACCAUGGACGAGACUCAAAUACAAGCUGUGUUUCCGAGGGCACUAUCCUUGGCUUCAAGAAGGUCCCCUCCUUCCAGCACAUAUCUGGUGGGUCCUGCCAAACCAGCUCUGACAAUUUCUCUCAAUGCCACCGCACCCGGUGGGAGAAACUCCAUCCAGUCCAGCACUGUCCCUCAGGUGGCUGCUGCCAGGCCUGCACCCUACAAAACAUCAUCUUACAGUUCUCUCCAGAAGAAGCCCGUUUCAGCUGCUCUGACCAAGGACACGUCACCUCCCAAGAAUCAAUCCCAGUAUCUCCUACAAGACUUCUGCUGCCAACCAAUUCCAUGGAGGAAAGUGAACAUUCCUGGAUCCCUCAUAUCACAUCCUAUAACAGCACAGAGGCCAGAGCAGGAAGCCAUGAAGUGGCGGGCUCAGCAAGAGCAGGAGAAGGCUGCCAACGAUACUACCUUAAGGAAACAGCAGGUUUUCCUUCAGAGGGAAAACGAUAUGGAAAUUUCUCGCUAUUAUGGCUACGCAAUGUAA